CUCCCUGCUUCCAGUACCGCGUGGUAAGAAGUUCAUGUGCUCUGCUAAAGGAGCACGCGCUCGACUACGGAGCCAAAUUAGUUUGUUUAGGUAGAAUAUACACCGUUAAAAAUGCUAGUUUUAUUCGAAACAGCUGCCGGCUAUGCCAUAUUUAAGGUGCUGGACGAGCAGAAGCUGCAGCAGGUGGACAGCCUGUGGAAGGAGUUUGAAACACCAGAGAAAGCCAAUAAAAUAGUAAAACUGAAGCACUUUGAAAAGUUUCAGGACACAACCGAAGCUCUGGCAGCGGCCACCGCUUUAGUGGAGGGGAAAAUCGGAAAGACGUUAAAGAAGGUGCUAAAGAAAGUGGUGGCCAAAGAGGCUCAUGAGCAGCUGGCAAUAACGGACGCUAAGCUCGGAGGAGUCAUUAAAGACAAGUUGAACCUGAGCUGCGUGCACAGUCCUGCUGUGGCUGAGCUCAUGAGGGGCAUCAGGGCACAGAUGGAGGGUCUGAUCACCGGGCUUCCUCCAAGAGAGAUGAGUGCCAUGUGUCUGGGUCUGGCCCACAGCCUUUCCCGUUACAAGCUGAAGUUUAGCCCUGACAAAGUGGACACCAUGAUUGUUCAAGCCAUAUCCCUCCUGGAUGACCUGGACAAGGAGUUGAACAACUACAUCAUGCGCUGUCGCGAGUGGUAUGGCUGGCACUUCCCUGAGCUCGGCAAGAUCGUCACAGACAACCUGGCGUACUGCAAGACCGUCCGCAAGAUCGGUGACCGCACGAACGUGGCAAUCAGUGAUCUUUCAGACGUUCUGCCAGAGGAGGUGGAGGCCGAGGUCAAACUGGCUGUGGAGAUCUCCAUGGGAACAGAAGUGUCUGAGGAGGACAUCAACAAUAUCAUGCAUCUGUGUGAUCAGGUUAUUGAAAUCUCAGAGUAUCGCACUCAGUUGUACGACUACCUGAAAAACCGAAUGAUGGCCAUCGCACCCAAUCUGACCGUCAUGGUGGGGGAACUGGUGGGGGCUCGGCUCAUCUCUCACGCCGGCUCCUUGCUGAACUUGGCAAAGCACCCUGCAUCUACGGUGCAGAUCCUGGGGGCAGAGAAAGCUCUGUUCAGGGCACUAAAGACAAGAAGGGACACCCCCAAAUACGGUCUGAUCUACCACGCUUCCCUGGUGGGCCAAACCACGGCCAAAAACAAGGGCAAGAUCUCUCGAAUGCUGGCAGCCAAGACAGCUCUGGCCAUCCGCUACGACGCGUUGGGCGAAGACACCAACGCUGAGAUGGGUGUGGAGAACCGAGCCAAGCUGGAAGCUCGACUACGCCAACUCGAGGAGAAAGGGAUUCGACGAAUCAGUGGAUCAGGAAAAGCGCUGGCCAGAGCAGACAAGUAUCAGCACAAGAGCGACGUUAAAGUGUACGACCCGUCUGGAGACUCGACGCUUCCAACCACCGCCAAGAAGAGAAAGAUAGAGGAGGUGGAGGAGGCGGAGGAAGAAGACAAGCCUGUGGAGGUGAAGGCCAAGAAAGCAAAGAAGGAAACGCCAGCAGAAGAAGCCGAAGAGGCAGCCGCAGAAGAAACCGAGACGCCCAAGAAGAAAAAGAAAAAGAAGGAGAAGAAGCAGCAGAUGGAGGAGGACGUGGGGAUGGAGGAGGAGGCUGCGGCCGGUCCAUCAGAAGAGACGACAGAGAAAAAGAAGAAAAAGAAAGAAAAGAAAGCUCAAGAGCCCGAAGAGGAGGCAGUAAUCAGUCCCAAAGAAGAGACUACAGAGAAGAAGAAGAAAAAGAAGAAAAAAGUUAAAGAAGCAGAAGAACAGUAAAUUUCCUUAAAUCACAAACUUUAUUCAUCUUUGGACUCGUAAGUCUGUCAUGUUGUGAUCACAUGACUGCGUAUCUGACCAGUUUAACACUGGUAUCAUAAAGGACCCCCCAACACACACCCCCCUUUUUUUUUUUUCUUUCCCCUUUUCCUUUUCUUUUUUUUUAAUGUUUGCCUUUAAACAAAAUGAUUUCUUUUUAAUUCUAUUCAAAAUGUUUCUUUUAACUCUAUUCGUAGCUCAGUUAAAAAAUAUAUUAUGUCCUCAUCCAUUAUACUGUGUGUGUGUGUGUGUGUGUGAGGGGAGCCAUUUUUAUUUCUUUUAUAGAAAUCUGUGCAUUUUUAGUUUGAAAAAUUAUGAAAUGUUGCAGCUCGAGCUGUAAGGAGAGACGUUUCCACCGUGAGGUUUGAUGACGUCACGUUUCAACCUCUGUCAUUAAAUAUGUAUUUUUUUGUUA